UAAUGACACACUUGUGCAACGUUGUAGUUUAAUAGUUAUUUACUCUUUUUUGGAAUUGCUGCCAAUGCUCUCACAAAAUUUAUAACAAAAAAUUUCCCGUUGUCAAAUUGAAAUAUUUUUGUAACACUUUUAUGAAAAAUAUGGAUUCUGUGGGACAAAGUGAUGGCAAUGCAGAUGAUUUAAUCAUACAACAACAGCGGGAAAUUGAAAGAGAGAUCUCGGAUACGACGCCCAUGGUCAGUGAAGAGUUACCGUUAGCAUGUUUAAUUGCUGAAUAUGAAGGUGAUCCUGUGUUUACUGCCAAGAUUAAUAACCUAGCUGGCAAAUAUGAAUAUCUGCGACGUACACGACCCGAUGGCAAUUGUUUCUUCCGAUCUUUUGCCUAUUCAUAUCUCGAGCAUUUGAUUUCCAAUAGCUUAGCUUAUCACAAAUUUCGAGUCCUUGCCGAGGGAUUUAAAGAUAAGCUCAUGCGCCUUGGAUUUCCAAGCUUUACCUUGGAAGAUUUUCAUGCUACUUUCAUAGAUGUGAUCAAUCGUGUGUGUCCAGAUACUCCAGGAGGCAUUCAACGAGCUAGACAUGAAUUGCAUUGCUUGUUCAACAAUCAGCGUUAUUCGGAUUAUGUCAUUGUUUAUCUGCGCCUAAUCACAUCAGGUCAACUGCAGGCGGAUGCUGAAUUCUAUCAGCAUUUUAUCGAAGGUAAUCUGUCCAUUGAGGAGUUUCGACAUCAAGAAGUCGAGCCGAUGUUCAAGGAAUCCGAUCACAUACACAUCAUUGCGUUGUGCGCAGCGUUGGGAGUCGGAGUGAGAGUUGAGUACCUCGAUCGGGGAGAAGGUGGAACGGUGAAAACUCACGAUUUCCCCGAAGGAUGCCAGCCAAUGGUUUAUCUCAUUUACAGACCCUCACACUACGAUAUACUCUAUCCGAAGUGAACAUUUCGAGCAGGGCAUAAUCUUAUAUAGAAAUAAAUAUUUAGGAAUUUUGAAGGGUAUUGAACUACCGGCUGAUUGAUAACCUUUCCUCGACAAAUGCUUAUAUUAAUAUUUCAACUUUAAAUGCUUUAAAUUUAUAGCUUUUACUUACAGUAAUUUGUAGUGCAUUAAAUGAAACAAGAUGGUACCCUAAUGCAUAUAAAUAUUUUAUUAUGGUUUCUUUUUGAGUCAUCAUCAAACAAAAUGUUCAAAUUAUUUAUUUUAUUUCAGAUUUGUAACGUUAGCAAAUUCGAUUUAUCAUCAACUUUGUUAUGUAAAAUAUGCUAACUUUGUGUGCUUUCUUUUACGAGUAUUUAAAAGUAAAGACCCUGAUUAUUGGAUAGUUAAUUGUAUUAUUAAAUUUUCGGCUUAAGAUUAAUACACGUUAAGCUAAAUUCUUCUAUGAACUUAGCUGGGCCUCAACAAGGCUCCGAUUACAAACACACACGUACACAGUUAAUACUACAGAAUGUACACACAUACAUAAUCACACACACUCACACACACACACUUUUAUACUCUACUCAUUAGCUAGUUUAAAGGCAUAAUCAAUUACUCAUUAUGAGCGCAUUUUUGUGCUGUUCUUCCUGUUACCACACAACGCCGCGCACCGAGGCAGGCAGCCCACAGAUGGCAUUGUGCACGGGAAUGGCGAGGAAACCGGCCAGGGCGAUGCCAUAGGAAUCGGAUUGCACCACCAUGGCCAUUGCAAACUGCUGACGACCUGGCGGUAUCUCCUUGGACAUGCGAUAGAAGGUGUUCACAUAGGCGCCACCGCCCAACAAACCCUCCCACAGCACAAUGGUGAAGACAAUCCAGAUGCUGGGCGUGUAGAACCAAAUGACCUCGGUGAGGAAGUAGACGACGUUGACAAACUGAAACACUGACAUCAGCCAGAUCUUGUUCAGCUGGAAGAGAUUGACGGAGGAGCGUGAUAUGAAGACACCAAUCUGAUAAUCCACGUUCAACCAGCGAUACUGCGAAGCACGAUCCAAGAAGAUGUUCUCAAAGUAAACCAGUUCGAACUAUAAGAAAAUACAAUUCAAAAUAAGUUGGCAAUGAGUUGAAAUUAAUGUAAGUCACUUACCAAGCCCUGAUUGAUGAAAUACUCAAAGAAGUAAACCAGACACAGCGGCAGCAUGUAACCAAACAGAUGUUUGAUGUAGGACAGUUUCUCCUUGAAGCCCACCAAAGGUUUAUCGUCACUGAUGAGUUCUUCAGUGGAUUCCACCGUGGUGACAGGCAACACUUGAGGACGUCGCAAAAGCAACCAGAAA